UCACAUAACUACGAGGUGUUUGUAGCAACCAGGAUUCUUCAUUCGGUUACAUUUGCCCAGGCUACUUCUUCAACUCGGUGUUUUAACCUGAACAUAUUUUAAGUGUAGAAUUAUUUUCUGGUUAGUGAACGUCGGUGCUAGAUGGACAAGGAGGACAGUCAGGAGGUCGAAAAUGUCCCGCUUAAAACCAGUGAUGUGUACAAAGUUGAUAAAAGUCUUCCUGAGAGGUUUAACCAUCCUGACUGCUUCCGAGGCUACAGCAAGAGGGUGAACAUUCCACUCUACCAGACCACAAACCAAAUAUACGGCAGCAAGAAACCUACAGUCCAUGAAAUGCCUGUGACUUUCAACGGGAGUUAUCGCAAAUUUUCUGACCCUCUGCUGAAGAGCGGAAUGUACCGAGAUAACGGUUUCAACACGUCCCUGGAGAAGAGCAUCGUUUCGCGGCCAGGCACCACCCCCCUCCUCCCCGCUCCACACCACCCCCCCCUCUCCUGCCAGGCCCACGCCAAGGAGGGAGUGAGCAAGCCAUGAGAUGUGUGUGUGUGUGUGUGUGUGUGUGUGUGUGUACAUCUGGCUCGGUGGCGGGACUUUACACGCUGCCACACUGCACCUGCUCCUUUGGAUGAAGCUCAAUAAACACUGGACCUGUGAUGUCACGCCAUGACUUA